GUUGGACAGAGGGGAGACAUGGGGAGUGUUUCAGCAGCGUUAGCCCCUUCUUCUUCUGUAUAUACAAAUGGGCACUUUUCUUCUUCAAACAAUUCUACUUCUCUAUCUGUGGAAGAUGGUGCUAACCAGUUGGCAAUGGUGAAACCCAGUAGCAGCGCUGUUAGUCUCCCCAACUACAAAUGGAGGUUGCUUAUAGCUUAUGACGGCACCCGCUAUGCUGGUUGGCAGUUUCAAGUUUCACCACCAACUAUACAGUGCAUUGUAGAAAAGGCUUUAGUUCAAAUAACAAAACUCGAACGGGAUCAUCUUCAUUUUGUCGGUGCAAGUCGGACAGAUACCGGAGUUCAUGCUUGGGGCCAGGUGGCACACUUCAUUACACCUUUCAAUUAUGACAGCUUGGAGACUAUUCAUGCUGCUCUAAACGGGCUUCUUCCUUCUGACAUCAGAGUUAGAGAGAUCGCUGCCGCAACUCCUGAAUUUCAUGCUCGGUUUUCAGCAAAAAGCAAGAUUUACCACUACAAGAUUUAUAAUGACAGCAUCAUGGAUCCAUUUCAGCGCUAUCAUGUUUAUCAUAGUGCUUAUAAACUCAAUACCGCAGCCAUGAGAGAAGCAGCAAAAUUGUUUAUUGGAAAACAUGAUUUCUCUGCUUUUGUUAAUGUUUCACGUAACGAUCGAGUGCCAGAUCCUCUGAAGAGAAUAUUCCGUUUCGAAGUUAUUGAAAUGGGACCUCUCAUACAGCUUGAGGUUGAAGGUUCUGGAUUUUUGUAUCGACAAGUUCGAAACAUGGUUGCUUUGUUGGUUCAAAUUGGAAAGGAAGCAAUUCCUGCAGAUAUUGUUCCAAAGAUUUUGGCAACUCGAGAUCGCAGAGAGCUGGCUAAAUAUGCCUUGUCUGCCCCACCGCACGGGCUUUGUCUGGUGUCUGUCAAAUAUAACGAAGAGCACCUGCGGCUUCCUUCGGAGUGUCCUGCAACUAGCUUUGGUAGGUAUCAUACUAUCAGCAAAUGUAAGAUCCCCUAUUACUAAUUUUAACUCACAAACCCUAAAUUUUGAACAUAUCUGAAUUAUUCAGCAAAGAAAUUGAUUGAGAUUUUCUUAGU